AUGCCGACAGAUGUGCCCGAAGACAGGCUCAACAUCGAGGAGAAGGUGGCCAAGUGUGACAGUAUGACUCUGCCCACCACCCCGACCGUCCGCAGAGGAAGCACCCCUCUGCCCAUAAAGCACCAGCUCCGACGAGAGGAAGCCGUCCACGAUGACUGCGACUGGACAUCGGGCGCGGCCGGACCUUCUGCUCCACCCAUCAGCUUCAGCCCGGCCCUGCUGGAUGACCCUCCGACCCUGGCUGUGGAGGGCCGACCCGACGGGCCCCUGAGGAUCGCCCUGCUGGGGCAGAACGGCGUGGGGAAGUCCUCUCUGGCCGUCGCCCUCGCCGGAGACGUGGACAGCACUGCGUCCGUGGAUUCUGAAGGGGAGGGUUACGUGCGAACCGUCACCGUGGACGAUGAGGACAGCACCAUCAUUAUCUUUGACAACUGGAGACAGGAUUUGUCAGCUCUGCAGUGUGAGGUCGGCGUCCUGGUGUUUUCAGUCACCGACCGGCGAAGCUUCCACCGAACUGCUCAACUCCGGCUCCUCCUGAGAGAGACUCAGCCCCAGACUCCCCUCAUCCUCGUCGGCAACAAGAGCGACCUCGUUCGCACCCGUGAGGUCACCUCUCAAGAGGCCAUGUCCAGCGCCGCCCUCUUCAACUGUCUGUAUCUGGAGAUCUCGGCCUCUCUGGACCACCGCACUCCGGAGCUCCUGGAGUGCGCGGUGCGGCUGGCCAGGGGCCAAUCCCCGUGGCCCCCGGGGACCAGCGCGGAGGACAUGAGCGGCGACGGCGGGCAGCGUGAGAGCAUCACCUCCCGGGCCAAACGUUUCCUGUCCAGCCUGGUGCCCCGGUACCAGCGAGAGAGAGAGGUGGGCAAGUUCCUGAGGCAGAAGUCCCGCUCGUGCCACGACCUGGGGGCCCUGUGA